UACAUCGAACGCUAGCUUUGCCAAUUGCUGAUAAUGAACCAGUGACGACUCUUUCUUUGUUCCUUCUGCUUCCUCCUCUUCUUCUGCUCUGCUUUCAGCCGGCCUAAACCCAUCAUUCACUCCUACCUCCCUUACCAAUCUAUCAUCUCUCUUUUUACUCUCUUUCAAUACUUCGAUCGGAUCAAAUUUUGGACUUCGGCUGUCAAAGUUAACCGGAAGGAAGUUUAUUAAUUCGAUUCAUUUGCCUUACGAUGAAUUUCGAUCUUUUCGGUAAUUGACAAGGUGGUCGAUCCGAUUUUGAUUUGGACUGUUGGUUUUGAUCUGUAAUUUGAUCUGGCGGAGUUCAAUCGCGGAUUGGAUUUGAGAAUACUGUUUCUCGGUUCCGUUUGAGAUGGUCUAUUUCCAUAGCUCAAUCUCACUCUGCAAGCCCGUUGACCAAGCCCCUGUCAUGGCGAAUUCUGGGUGUUCUUCCGAAAUCGGUCCUAAUUUGAGGCAAAUUACUAAUAACGCACAGCGGAAUAAAAGGAUGCCCGCUUGCCCCAAUUCCCCGCAAGUUCUGACAUGCGAUCGAUCUCGGUGGGCUGCGGUGGAAGUAGCGUUAUUCAUUGCUGCGAUUUGCGCGUUCGGUUUCUUGUCAUUUCCGUUCGUUUACUAUGUUAUAACUGGGUCUAUUAAGAUUUCUUGCGCAAUUCUUUAUGCGGUGAAAGAAGAGGUUUCUCUUGCGCCACCGAUCUAUAUGUACGCAGGACUUGGCAUUUCUCUUUCUGCAUUUGCUGUCUGGGGAGUUUUGACUUGUGCGAGUAGGAAAUGUGGGAAUCCCGAUUGCAAGGGCUUGAGAAAGGCUGCUGAGUUUGACAUUCAGUUGGAAACAGAGGAUUGUGUGAAGAAUUCACCUAACGAAGGAAUCAAAAAGGGCCUCUUUGAACUGCCUCGUGAUCAUCAUCGAGAACUGGAAUUGGAACUCAAGAAGAUAGCACCCCCUAAUGGAAGAGCUGUUCUUGUUCUUCGAGCAAGAUGUGGAUGUUCUGUUGGUAGACUAGAAGUUCCAGGUCCAAAGAAGCCCCGUAAGAUCAAGAGGUAGGGAAUUGAUGCAUGAGAGCGUUUAGGAAUAUUUUAUAGAGCGUAGCUUCUCGGGCCAAUCUGACAGGAACUAGAUUAUCUUUAAAUAAGCCUGUUUGGGAAUAAAGUUGUAAGGUUCUGUGGAUCAUAUGCAGUUAAUUAUACCUGAGAAUAUAUAAGAAACCUUUAUUCCGUUCCCUCCAUUUGGAUAUACAAAUCCCAGUUCUUUCACCUCA